UGUGUGUGUGUGUGUGUGUGUGUGUGUAGCAGCAGCUGAGCUCCCCCUGCGAUGAGGAGACGGCAGCCCUGCUGAACGACUGCUACACGCUGGAGGAGAAGGAGAGGCUCAAGGAGGAAUGGAGGCUGUUUGAGGAGCAGAAGAAGAACUUUGAGAAGGAGAGGAAGAGCUUCACCGAAGCGGCCAUUCGCCUGGGUCAUGAGAGGAAAGCAUUUGAGGAUGACCGAGCAACUUGGUUGAAGAAUCAGUUUCUGAACAUGACUCCCUUUGUAGAGCGAAAGAGGCCUGCCAAGUCAGAAUCAAUCAGGGCCUCAUCACUUGGUGACGAACCUGAGGCGAAGUUCAUCUCAAUCCCAGUGCCCAUCACCAAAUCGCUUUCCUCCUCCGUCUUCAACACUCCCAAAGCUCCCAUUGCCAACCGAACGCCAACCACUGCUGACCUGUACCGCACAUUGCGCCUCCUUCCAGACAGCAGCCCCUACGGAGCAGGGAAGCGAGGCGGCAGGCUGGACUCCAGCAGCGUGCACAGCAGCGGGGAGCUCUCUUCAGCCAAGUCCCGGCACCGCCACGGCCCUCUCCACAGCCUCACUAAAGACCUCCACAGCCCCACCUAGAGGCAUCCAGCCCUCAUUACACACACACACACACACACCAGGCACACCACACAGCGCCAUUGAGGUGUCUCUCCAUGAUGAGGCUGACUGGAUCAUCUCUAAAGGUGAAGUCUGGUGUAGGUCCGUCCUUGAAGGAUGUAUGAUUGGGAGCAUACAGUCAGGGAUAUUUGUGAUCAAGUGAUAUUUGUUGUAGCGGAAAGGAGCUCAUUGACAAUCCAUAUUUCAGAGGCCUCACUGUACUGAACUGUUGCUUCAGCCAAUGAUGGACAAUGUAGACGAGACAUUUAUAUAUCCUCGUUUCACUGCCUGAGUCACGACCACUUAUAGUUGCACCACAAUUGUAGACCAACCUAUUCUAUCAUUACACAAUCCUGAAAGCACUUUAAAGAUGACGCCAAUGUUUUCAGAACAUCUCAUUUUAUACACACAUAUAUAUAUAUAUAUAUAUAUAUAUAUAUUUUUUUUUGUCAUAGAAAAUGGCAACUUCACAGCGACAUUCAAGUUUUUCAUAGCCUAUCAGAUAUUUUGUUAACUAGUAGAGAGAUUUGGGAUCUAUUGUAGCUAUGAUUGCCAUUGACAUGUUAUAUUUACAAGCAGAGUGUCUGAACAGAGUUUUACAAUGUGCAUAGUGUGGAAUGUAGACCUUGAAAGUCACUUUUUUGGUGAUGUGCUGAUUUUUAUCAUCAGAGUUUAUGUUGUCUUUUUAAUGUUUAAAAUAUUGAAAAUUUUACUGCACUUGAUAUGUACGGACAGAUUAUGAAUGUGUUUGUGGUAGAUCCACUCCAUGGGUUUGUAGGGGCCAAGUUUAUGAAUAGGCUGCUGAGAUAAAGCAAUAAAGUUUGGAUACUGAAAAGUAA